AUCCAAAUUUUGUAUCAUCAAAAUCUACACUUUCAAAUGAGAAAAUCUCGUUCGACUGUCUCGAUGGUCCAGUGUCCGUGUCACCUGCCCGGGGGACGUCACUGCGGCAAGGAGCUGCGAGAGAAGCGCCAGGAAUUCUUCCAGGGGGACAUCGAUGACAUUACGGACAGCGUAAUGCAGGUGAUGCGGAUUUGCGGCCUCAUGGCCUGGGAGUGCCCCGCAAGCGAUUCUGCGAGACCUUCAUCCAUGGGCUUGCCGUCGAGGCGCAGAUGUCGCGUAUGGACUCCCAAAUCGCCUACUCAAUCUUGAAGGACCGCGAUGGAGGGCAAGCGGCUGAAGUCCUUGAUGGAGGGCAUGAAGCAUAGCCAGCAGUGCCUCUGGCUGCACGCGGCCAAGCGCACCGCUGAGAUCUACGCGGCCUAUGCGGGACUGAUGCACUCCGAGAUGCUGUCUUGUGUCUCUUGUGUCUACAAGAGUCUGUACGAUGUGCUGUGUACCCGUGUGAUCUGGGACGAUGAGAACCAUUGCCGCUGCGCCUGGACAUCCGCGGUCCCCUCCCAGAUCUCUACCAUCUCCACAAUGACCGCCGAGAUUGAGGUGCUUUUCCUGAAGCAGAACAUGGCUCCCAGCAGUGAACCCUCCGCAACGGCCGUGGUCCCCAGUCAGCUUUCCGUCCAAGUGAAAGAGAUCAUCGUGAAUGAAGGGCCUCCGACAGGGCCGGCCAGCGAGAUCAGCUCAAAGUCGUCCCGAUACAACUAUGGACUGAAGAAAGUAAUCUAGAAGAAGUCCUCGAGUAAACCACCAA